AUGGCGCCAAAUUCAAAAACCUUUUGGAUAGAGUUUAUAGAUCUUUAUAAAUCAUUGCCGGAGCUAUGGCGUCGAAGUUCGGAUGAGUAUAGCAACAGACAUCUAAAAAAUACGGCUUACGAAGUGUUGUUGGAAAAAUAUAAAGAAAUCGAUGCAAGUGCCAAUGUUUAUACCGUCAAACGGAAAAUAAACAAUAUUCGAACAUGCUUUCGACGUGAAUUAAGUCGCGUCAAACGAAGUGAACAGAUGGCAUUGUCACCCAAAGAUGUAUACGUGCCCAGACUUUGGUAUUAUAAAAAUUUGGAAUUCCUCAAAGAUGAGGAAGAGGAAAUAUACUCGACGACGAGCAAAACUGAGCGGAUGGGUGACAUGAGCUUUGCAUAUUCGGACGACGAUGACGAGGAAUAUAAUCAACAUCGCCAGCCAUCUCCUAUUCAAACCAAAUCGAGUUCUGCAAUAUCCGAAGAAUAUCAUCAGUAUCAAGAACCAAUAGUUGAUAAAGCUAAAGCCCUUAGCAUUUCAUGGGAGGUAUUAUAUCGGAAUUUAAAUUCGGAACAACAACUCUAUGCGAAUCGUAUGAUUAACGAAAUAUUGUAUCAAGCAGCAUUGGGCAAGCUUCAGGAGGGUUCAUAUAAACUAUUGAAAACGGCAAUAGAAAGUCCCAAGGAGAAGAAUAAUUAUAGUGAUAUACAAGAUUCAGUGAUCCAGUAUUAUUUAGAGGAUGUGUCAACAGGAGAGGACGAGGAGGAACAUAAUGAACGUAAACAUGAUGCAGAUAGAAAACCAAUGAAAAGAACAAUUUGA